CUCGUCCGGUUUCCGCCACACCUGACGCCUGCGCAAUAAGUCAACUGGGUGCAUUGUGGCGGCCGUCCGGGCAGGUAGUGGUCCUGCCGCGCGCCGCCGGGUCGUUACACCGAGGCGCCGCUUGUCCUCAGGCCUGUGGCGCGGGGCUGCCUUGGUUCACCAGACCCAAGGGCUGUAAGCAGCCACCAUGUCGAUCUUCACCCCCACCAACCAGAUCCGCCUAACCAAUGUGGCCGUGGUACGGAUGAAGCGCGCCGGGAAGCGCUUCGAAAUCGCCUGUUACAAGAACAAAGUCGUCGGCUGGCGGAGCGGCGUGGAAAAAGACCUUGAUGAAGUUCUACAGACCCACUCAGUGUUUGUAAAUGUUUCUAAAGGUCAAGUUGCAAAGAAGGAAGAUCUGAUCAGUGCAUUUGGAACAGAUGACCAGACAGAAAUCUGUAAGCAGAUUUUGACUAAAGGAGAGGUUCAAGUGUCAGAUAAGGAACGGCAUACACAGCUGGAGCAGAUGUUCAGGGACAUUGCAACUAUUGUGGCUGACAAGUGUGUGAACCCUGAAACAAGGAGACCGUACACCGUGAUCCUCAUAGAGAGAGCCAUGAAGGACAUCCACUAUUCAGUCAAAACCAAUAAGAGUACAAAACAGCAGGCUUUGGAAGUGAUAAAACAGUUAAAGGAGAAAAUGAAGAUCGAACGUGCCCACAUGAGACUUCGGUUCCUUCUUCCAUUGAAUGAGGGGAAGAAGCUGAAAGAAAAGCUGAAGCCGCUGAUCAAGGUUAUAGAAAGUGAAGACUACGGUCAGCAGUUAGAAAUCGUGUGCCUCAUCGACCCCGGCUGCUUCAGGGAAAUCGACGAGCUCAUAAAAAAGGAGACAAAAGGCAAAGGCUCUCUGGAGGUGCUCAACCUGAAGGACGUGGAGGAAGGGGACGAGAAAUUCGAAUGACGUCCGCCAAGCCCUUCAGCUCUGAACCACUCGCACAUCUUUCCCCCACGGUCCCCGUUCCCUUCUGUGGUCUGCCAAACACGUGCUCGGGCUGUCCCACGUCUCCCGUCUUUGUGGUAAUGUGUAGGCAAAACGGCUUUCCUGAUAAGUAUUCCACUGUGGGAUUCAUGUGGUUUUGACGAUAAAGCGGGGUUUUAGGCAAAAAUGAAACGUUUUGCACAGAUACGGAGGGCAGAGUGGCAUGUUGCUGCCGUCUCAUGCCCUGCGCUUUCCAACGUGCACCUUUUCUGAGGCAAAGCUUAGGGGUGAAAAGCUAAACUUUGUACAUUAUGAUAAGAUAAGUGUGAGAAGAUAGGACUAUGUGACGGAUCGGGAGUAGCUGCUGAAGAAAACCCGAUGUCUUCCUUAAUGAAGACAUGAUGUUUCUACUUAAUGAAACGUGUGGCCUGAUACAAAGCUAGGAUGAUGACUUCCUGAUUGGGUGGAGCAUGGAUCUAGGACCACUGUGCAGGGCUUAAGUGAGCUUCAUUGAGCGUUCGGCCAUAACCCGAUGAUUCUCGGUAAAGAGUAAAGUCAUUUGCUUCUGAUCCUUCAAGUUUGUAAUAUGUAUUAAUAUAGCUGAAGUUACACGUUAUCAAUAAAACCACUCUAUUUUAUUAA